AUGGUCACUUUGAGACAGCGACACGACACAACUCAGAUCAUAAAAAUAAAAUGUCAAGUGGACCAAACUGAGCAUUUUCAACACCAUUUGCUUUUUGCGUUUAAUCGAAGUGCUGAUUCCGCCAUCGCUGCUCGUGAGAUUUGUGCUAUGUAUGGAGAAGGGACAGCGCCUCAAAUUACUGACCGCCAUCGGUUUUCGUGCUUCAAAAAUGCGAAUUUUGUACUCAGUGACGGAUCACACACCGGUCGACCAACUGAGUCCGUCGAAGAGCGAUUGAAUGAACUUCUUCAAGAAAAUCCACGUCAAACGACCAGAGAACUGGCGGAGCAGAUGGAUUAUGAUAAAAAAAAAAAAACUGUGGUGGACCACCUUCACUCAAUGGGCAAGCUCCAUCGAAAUCGAUUGGUCGACCAGUGUGUGAUCUAUCCUUGA